AAUUCGGAGGAAGAAAACGUCAUUUCCCAGCCCUGCGACUGACGUGUCGAAAACAGAGUUGUGGAUAACUAGGGGGAAAUCUUUAUUUCUUGAUCCAAUUCAGCCUGAUUUAAUUCCCUCUGGAAGGAGGAUACAACUUUGAAGUGGGAAAAUGCUGGAUUUUUUCGCCAUCUUCAGCAAGGGGGGUAUCGUGCUGUGGUGCUUUCAAGGGGCUGGAGUGACGGAGUCCCUUACAGGGCCCGUCAAUGCUCUUAUCCGCUCCGUGAUCCUGCAGGAACGCACCGGAUCCAGUUACUUCAAUCAUAACUCCCUGAGCCUGAAGUACAAACUGGACAAUGAGUUUGAGCUCGUGUUUGUGGUGGGCUUUCAAAAGAUCCUGACGCUGACGUACGUGGACAAGUUUAUAGACGACGUGCAGCUGCACUUCAGGGAUCGCUACAAGAAUGAGCUGGAACAAAGGGGUGCCUUAAAACUGCUCAACAGCAGUUUUGAGUUCGGAGAUGAGUUUCACCUGCUCCUCCGUGAAGCGGAGGAGAGCAGCCGUGCCCGGGGUCCUGUCUCCAUGAAGACCUUCAAGGAGUCCCAGAAGUCGCAGAAAACGGUGAAAUCCAUGAUCGAGAUCAAGGGAGGAGACAAGGGCAAGGAGCACGGCGGCAAGAAGAACAAAAAUGCCAAAAAAGAAGCUGCAGUGGCUGAAGCGGCAGCGGGGGGGGACGUGGCGAAGGCGGCGGGGCCAGGCGCGGCGGCCAAGCCCGCGGAGGACGGGAACCAGGGCCUCACUGCGGCGGAGAUCAUCCAGAAGAAGAGGGAGGAGUUCUUCCGCAAACGCCUGGGCGGGGGAGUCACCGUGGAGAAGACCAGUAAAUCCCCCAAGCCCCAGAAACCGCGGGAGAAGAAGAAGCAGGAAUGGGGUAACAGUUGGGGCAACGCCAAGCUGGACUACAGCAAAAUCAACGGCAGCACCACCCACGAGACUCUGGAGCCCGCCAAGGAUGCUGAUAUGGGGGUGCUGGACUCCAUGAAGGGUGACCUGCUCAGCGUGGACUGUGAGUCAAGCGGAGCGGAGGAGGAGGAAGAAGAGGAAGAGGAGGAGGAGGAGGAGGAGACUGUGGCUGUCACUAACCAAAGCAAGGAGAGCUCAAAGAAAGGGGGCUUGGGUGGCAUGUUCGGCAUGCUGAAGGGCCUGGUUGGCUCCAAGAGCCUGUCUAAGGAGGACAUGGGGCCAGUUCUGGAAAAGAUGAAGGACCACCUCAUCGCAAAGAAUGUAGCAGCUGAGAUCUCCUCCCAGCUCUGCGAGUCGGUGGCCAAAAAACUGGAAGGCAGAGUCAUGGGAACGUUCACCACUGUGGCCUCCACGGUGAAGCAGGCCCUGCAGGACUCGCUGGUGCAGAUUCUGCAGCCCAAGAGGCGGGUGGACAUCCUGCGCGACGUCCUGGAGGCCCGUAGCCUCCGCCGGCCCUUUGUCAUCGCCUUCUGCGGGGUCAACGGCGUGGGCAAGUCCACCAACCUGGCCAAGAUCUCCUACUGGCUGAUGGAGAACGGCUUCUCGGUGCUGAUCGCAGCCUGCGACACGUUCCGGGCGGGGGCGGUGGAGCAGCUGCGCACACACCAGCGUCGCCUCAACUCCCUGCACCCGCCUGAGCGGCACGGGGACCGGCCCUUCGUCCAGCUCUACGAGAAGGGCUACGGCAAGGACGCCGCCGGCAUCGCCAUGGAGGCCAUCGCCUACGCCCGCAGCCAGACCUUCGACGUGGUGUUGGUGGACACGGCCGGUCGCAUGCAGGACAACGCUCCCCUGAUGAACGCGCUCGCUAAGCUGAUCGCGGUCAACAUGCCCGACCUGGUCCUGUUCGUGGGAGAGGCCCUGGUGGGGAACGAGGCGGUGGACCAGCUGGUGAAGUUCAACCAGGCCCUGGCAGACCAUUCUAUGUCGGACAAACCGCGUCUCAUCGACGGCAUCGUUCUGACUAAGUUUGACACCAUCGAUGACAAGGUUGGCGCCGCCAUCUCCAUGACCUACAUCACAGGGCAGCCCAUCGUGUUUGUGGGCACAGGGCAGACCUACAACGACCUGCGCAGCCUGAACGCCCGGGCCGUGGUCAGCGCCCUCAUGAAGGCCUGAGGAGGGGGGGGGGGGGAGAGACACCCAGCUACCCCAAAAAAAAAAAGAAAGCCAAUUCCAGUCCUGCUCCAAGCAGCUUUGACCCCGGACGCACCACCACAUCGACCACACUUUCACCAUCUUUCUGGCAGUUCCAUUUGUGACUAGCAGGGGGGUAUUUAACCUUUAGGAAGCAAAAGAAACUGUAUUAUUUAAAAAAAAACUCAUUUUUAUUCACUGCACAUUCAGUACACUGUGGGGCCUGGCCCUCACUUACCUCAUUCCUGCUUAGUGAUUAAGUGCUGCAGAGGAACUAUUGACUAAUUUUUUCCAAAUAAUGUUUUGUUUUUUAAAAUCAGGGAUGCGGAUAUUUUUAAAUCACUUUGUCAAUCAGGUCAGGCAAGACAUGUUGGUACUGUUUGUUUUGGGUGGGGGGUAUUGGCAACCCUGAAUGAACAAACCGGCAGGGUGACACACCUCCCCACAUACCCCCUACCCUUUUGUUAGUUCUGCAGCCUUCUCUCUCCAUAGUCUCUGUAGUCUUACUGGCCCUACGGGGCCUGACAGGAGGAAGCUGAGUGUCCGUAGUGCCUGUCCGUGUACCUGCCCCCCCCCCCCCCCGACAGCCAUCAGCGACAGGCCUGUCUCCCUUCCCGAAAUCCCCCUGCUCCGCACGCUGGGAAUGCCUUCUGCAGGAAACGAUACAACCUGUGACCUUUAACCCUUGACCUGUCGCCAGAGACAGCUACAGCCUUAGCCAUGCGGCCACACUUUCUGGAGGGUGGGUUGGGGAGGGGUCCGGGAGAAGAUGGACCUCGUUUAAAAACGUUCUGUUCUUUUGACCUGUAGCUGGCUCGGACGGCCCCCCCGGGCUCCCGUGUAGACCGUUUGCACGAUUUGGCAUUUUGUUUUCUUUUUUGGUUGCUCAAUCCCUUCACCCCUACCCCGACCCCGAACAAAGACAUAUAAUUUAAUUAAUAAAGCUGAUUAAAUUCCCCAUUCCCUUUAAUUCUACAGUAGUGCAAUACGAGAGUCAAGAGAGAUACAAAGUGAAGAUAUGUCAUUAAUUUGAGAAUGUAAUAUUUCUUAAAUAAAGCUGCUAUAAUAGCG